AUGCAUUUAGGAAAAGAUAGUCCUAUUAUUGUUACCAAAGUACAACAUACAGCUGAAGAAUUUAUUCAAAAGAAAAUUGAAUUACUUAAAGAUGAAGCUGAACCAUUUUUUGCCGUUGAUCUUGAAGAUGUAUGCAAUAAACAUAUCAGAUGGUUAACUUUAAUGCCUCGUGUUACACCACACUAUGCUGUUAAAUGUAAUGAUGAUGUAAAUGUUAUUAAAUUACUUUCAUAUCUUGGGACUGGUUUUGAUUGUGCAAGCAAAGGUGAAAUUAAGAAAGUUAUGGAUUUAGGUGUAUCAGCUGAUCGUAUCAUCUAUGCUAAUCCAUGCAAACAAUCAUCAUAUAUUCGUUAUGCACAAGAAGUUGGUGUUGAAACUAUGACAUUUGAUAAUGAACAAGAAUUAAUGAAAAUUAAAAAAAUAUAUCCAAAUGCCAAACUUGUUUUACGUAUUGUUACUGAUGAUUCGAAUGCUAUUUGUCGUUUUUCAAUGAAAUUUGGUGCUGAUAUGUAUACAGCACGUAGCUUAAUGGAAAAAGCUCGAGAACACGAUCUUGAUAUAGUCGGUGUUAGUUUUCAUUGUGGUAGUGGUCAAAUGACAAGUAAAGCAUUUGUUGAUGCUAUUCAAAAUGCUCGAGCAAUUAUGAAUUACGGAAUGAAAUUAGGUUUUAAUAUGAAUCUUUUGGAUAUUGGCGGUGGUUUUCCAGGAAAUACUGGAACAGAAAAUUAUUUUGCUGAAAUUGCUACUGCUGUUAAUCGAACACUUGAAGAACAUUUUCCUAAUGAUGGUAGUGUUCGAGUUAUUGCUGAACCUGGACGAUAUUAUGUCGCAUCAGCUUAUUCAUUAGCUACGAAUGUUAUUGCAUCACGAGAAAUGAUUGAUGCAGAAACAGGUGAUAUGAAAUAUAUGUACUAUAUAAAUGAUGGUGUUUAUGGUUCAUUCAAUUGUGUUCUCUAUGAUCACUAUGUACCGGAACCACAUCUAUUAGCUAAGAAUGAAUCAAAUGACAAGUUUACAUCAUCAAUUUGGGGACCAACAUGUGAUGGUCUUGACUGCAUUCAUUCAUCCAUUAAAAUACCAAAAUUAAAUAUUGACGAUUGGAUAUUAUGGAAAAAUAUGGGUGCAUAUACAAUAUCAGCAGCUGUUGAAUUCAAUGGAAUUCCAUUUGGUAAACCACUUUAUUUUAUGUCGAAACAAUUUUGGGAUUCAGUUAAAGCUGCAUUUCAACCAAUACGAAAAACAAGUCAAUAUGAUACGCAAUCAAUUCGUUUUACUAUAAAUGAUUGUUCGAAUGAAGUUGAAGAGGAUUUAUUACCAUGGUUAAUUGAAGAUUCAGUUGAAGAUAUGCCUGUUCUUACAAUUCAAUAA